CUCGCCGUUGCUUGAUCUGAUAUUCCACUCAAAAUGGCAUCCCAUAUUGUUGGAUACCCCCGUAUGGGCCCAAAGAGAGAGCUGAAAUUCGCUCUGGAGUCUUUCUGGGAUGGCAAGAGCAGUGCCGAGGAUUUGGAAAAGGUGGCGGCUGAUCUCAGAGCUUCCAUUUGGAAGCAGAUGUCUAAUGCCGGGAUCAAGUACAUUCCCAGCAACACAUUCUCAUAUUACGAUCACGUGCUUGACACCACUGCCAUGCUCGGUGCUGUCCCUCCAAGAUACAACUGGACUGGUGGUGAGAUCGGUUUCUCCACUUUCUUCUCCAUGGCCAGAGGAAAUGCCUCUGUUCCUGCUAUGGAGAUGACCAAGUGGUUUGAUACCAAUUACCACUUCAUUGUCCCUGAAUUGGGACCUGAUGUUAACUUUUCUUAUGCUUCUCACAAAGCGGUUAAUGAAUACAAAGAGGCUAAGGCGCAAGGUGUCGAUACUGUUCCAGUUCUUGUCGGUCCUGUUUCAUACUUGUUACUUUCCAAACCUGCCAAGGGUGUUGAGAAAACUUUCCCUCUUCUUUCCCUUCUUGACAAAAUUCUUCCAAUCUAUAAGGAAGUUAUCGCCGAGCUGAAGGCAGCCGGUGCAUCUUGGAUUCAGUUUGAUGAGCCCACCUUAGUAAUGGAUCUUGAGUCUCACCAGUUGGAAGCAUUCACAAAGGCAUAUGCUGAUUUGCAAUCAACUUUGUCUGGCAUUGAUGUACUAAUUGAGACUUAUUUUGCUGACAUUCCUGAGCCUGCAUUCAAAACCCUUACCUCAUUGAGUGGAGUGUCCGGUUAUGGUUUUGAUUUGGUUCGUGGAACCCAGACCCUUGAUUUAAUCAAGGGCGGAUUUCCUUCUGGAAAAUACCUCUUUGCCGGAGUUGUUGAUGGAAGGAACAUCUGGGCUAAUGAUCUGGAUGCAUCCCUCUCCACCCUAUACUCUCUUGAAAGCCUAGUAGAAAAGGACAAACUUGUUGUAUCGACCUCCUGUUCACUUCUACACACUGCAGUGGAUAUAGUAAAUGAAACGAAGCUGGACGAAGAAAUUAAGUCAUGGCUUGCAUUUGCAGCUCAAAAGGUUGUUGAAGUGAAUGCUUUGGCAAAGGCAGUAACUGGUCAGAAGGAUGAGACAUACUUCACUGCCAAUGCGGCUGCUCAAGCAUCCAGGAAAUCCUCACCGAGGGUGAACAAUGAAGCUGUCCAAAAAGCUGCUGCUGCAUUAAAGGGUUCUGACCAUCGCCGUGCUACAAAUGUUACCGCCAGACUUGAUGCUCAACAGAAGAAGCUUAACCUUCCAAUCCUCCCAACCACAACUAUUGGUUCCUUCCCACAGACAGUAGAACUCAGAAGAGUGCGCCGUGAAUACAAGGCCAAGAAGAUCUCCGAGGAGGACUAUGAUAAGGCUAUGAAAGAGGAGAUCAACAAGGUUGUCAAGCUUCAAGAAGAGCUUGACAUUGAUGUUCUUGUUCAUGGAGAACCAGAGAGAAACGAUAUGGUUGAGUACUUCGGAGAGCAAUUGUCUGGUUUUGCAUUCACAGCAAAUGGGUGGGUGCAAUCAUAUGGAUCUCGAUGCGUGAAGCCACCAAUCAUUUAUGGCGAUGUCAGUCGCCCCAACCCAAUGACGGUCUACUGGUCCUCUGCUGCCCAGAGCAUGACCAAGCGCCCGAUGAAGGGAAUGCUUACUGGUCCCGUUACCAUUCUCAAUUGGUCUUUUGUGAGAAAUGACCAACCAAGAUCCGAGACCUGUUAUCAGAUUGCUCUGGCCAUUAAGGAUGAAGUGGAGGAUCUUGAGAAGGCCGGUAUUACCGUGAUCCAAAUUGACGAAGCUGCAUUGAGAGAAGGAUUGCCUCUCCGCAAAUCUGAGCAUGCUUUCUACUUGGAUUGGGCUGUACACUCCUUCAGAAUCACCAACGUUGGAGUCCAAGAUAGUACUCAGAUCCACACACACAUGUGCUACUCCAACUUCAAUGACAUCAUCCAGUCCAUCAUCGACAUGGAUGCCGAUGUGAUCACUAUUGAGAACUCACGUUCGGACGAGAAGCUGUUGUCAGUGUUCCGCGAGGGAGUCAAGUACGGAGCUGGAAUAGGGCCAGGUGUGUACGACAUCCACUCCCCGAGAAUCCCAUCAACGGAGGAGAUCGCAGACAGGGUCAACAAGAUGCUUGCGGUCCUUGAGACCAACAUCUUGUGGGUGAACCCUGACUGCGGUCUCAAGACCCGCAAAUAUGGAGAGGUGAAGCCCGCCCUCGAGAACAUGAUUUCCGCUGUCAAGAUUCUCCGAACAAAGCUUGGCAGUGCAUGAUGAGUCCACAAUGGAUUUGGUUGGUUGUGAAAGCUAAAGAAGUAUUGAACUUUGGUCCCUCACGAGAUAUCAUUCGGUAGGUGAGUGAGGCCUCAGACAUUUUGGUUAUAUUCAUUUUUUUUUCAAUUAUAUUUCGGUCUUCCUAGGAAUUAAAAUAGCUGUGUGAAAUUCAAACAAGUUUAUAUUUUUCUAUCUAGGCAGCUUUUUUCUUGUAAAUCAUACCGGGCUUUCUAGUCAGUUAGGAAUCCUACCCUUCUAUUUCCCUCUCUCACCCAAAUGAAAUAAACCAGUAGUAGUUCAUUCUUUGUCCAAAAAAAAUAAUUUUAUUUUGCUAUUUUUGAGAUAUUCACAAAAACAAUCUCAUUUUAAAAUGAAAAGUUUCUUUUCUCAUACUUUACCCAUUUGUACUCUUCUCUCAUGUAGGAGUAUUAGUUAGUAUACUUUUUUACCAAUUUGUCUUUAUCUACCAAUUUUUUCUCAUUUUUUCUUACUUUAUUAAUUUUUUAUUAAAACUUGUACCGUCCACAAAUAGGACUAAUUUUUUGGAAGAGGGGAGUACUAUGUUUUUAAAAUCUUAUAUCAAUUGCACUGUUAGCUAGGAGCGAUUGUAUUCGUCAGUGAAAUUUUAAUAUUUUAUUCUAACGAUUGUAUAGUAAUAUUAAUCACACUAGGUUUUUUUGUAGAGUGACUUUCUAACGAUUGUAUACAUACUGUAUUAGUAGAACGUAAUUCUAGUCUCAAGUUUAUUUUGUUAAA